GGUGGACAGCUGCAUCCUGAGUAGCUGUUCGACUACAGCAGAAAAAAACAUGUGGGUAUUGUAGAGGAUAUAGUGAAAGAUGUGUAGUUUGUGCAUCUGCUCCUCUGUGUUGUUCAGUCAGUGUGUACUCAAAGGGAUCUCCACUUCACUGCUCUUCACAGUGACUGGCCACAGCAAGGGGGGGAGUGGUUAAAAAAAAAUCACAGCUAGCUAAUCAGAGGGGCUGUGGGCAGCUCAAACAAGUGGCUAGAGUUUUGAUGAAAGGCGAACACAUGCAGUCUGGCACCGGUAACCUACGGGAAUAAAACACUACCUCCAAUUCCUGAUGGCCUUUUCUCCUCCUACCACUGAGAGGUAAUAAAAGGACUCUGCAGAACCUCAAGAGGAUUGUUUACACUUGGAUGCUGUUGGAGAAAGACGCACAAUCACUGAGAGAUUGAGGAAAACCUGAAGUUCCAACUGUGCUACAUUUAUUUUUUUUAGCUUAAUAACUCUACCAUGAAGAUGCUGAAUGUGGACUUGCUAGUUUUAAGUUUCUGCCUUGGUCUAGGGACAGGAUACAGUGCUGCUGGUAAGAGACAAUAUCAGAUCCAAAACGGCCCAUGUAGCUACACCUUUCUGCUGCCAGAGCAGGAAAACUGCCAAACCCAGAGCAACAGCUACAACUACCAAAAGGAUGGACCCAUGGACAACGACGAGUCGGCUCAGAGGCUGGAACAACUGGAGAUCACCAUGGAGAACAACACACAAUGGCUGCUUAAGCUUGAGAGCUACAUACAGGACAGCAUGAAGCAGGACAUGGUCCAAAUCCAACAGACAGCUGUACACAACCACACCGCCACCAUGAUUGAAAUCGGGACAAAUCUGCUGAGUCAAACUGCCGAGCAAACAAGGAAACUGACCAAUGUGGAGGCACAGGUAAUUCAUCAUACAACUCGACUUGAGCGCCGGCUUCUUGAGAAUUCUUUGUCAACAAACAAGUUGGAAAAACAACUUAUUGUCCAAACAAAUGAAAUCAACAAGCUGAGUGACAAAAACAGCUUCCUGGAGAAAAAGGUGGAGGAGAUGGAGGAGCAGAGGCAGGUGGAGCUGAAGAUGCUUCGAGAAGAAAAGGAGCAGCUCCAGACUCUGAUACUGAGGCAGACCGCCAUCAUAGGCGAGCUAGAGCAGCAGCUGCUUAAAGUCUCCUCCAACAACACUGUCCUACAGCAUCAACAGCAGGAGCUGCUGGACACUGUGAACAACCUCAUUCAAACCAUCUCUGUUGGCUCAGCUCAAGAGACCAAAACGGUCAUGAUGCAGGACACUCCAACCACAUUCAUGGAUUGUGCUGCUGUCUACAAGUCAGGAAACACCAAAAGUGGAGUCUACACCCUCACAUUACCCAACACUACAACAGAGGUUAAGGCUUUCUGUGACAUGGUGACAGAAGGAGGUGGCUGGACAGUCCUACAAAAACGCUUUGACGGCCGUGUUGACUUUCACCGCACGUGGCAAGAGUACAAAAAGGGGUUCGGAGAACCUUCAGGUGAAUUCUGGUUGGGAAAUGAAUUUGUCUCUAGACUGACAAGUCAACAGUCCUACAAGCUAAGGAUCCAGCUGAGUGACUGGGAAGGAAACUCUGGAUUUUCACAAUAUGAUCAGUUUUCUCUUGACAGUGAAGCACAAAAUUACAGGAUACACCUUAAAGGCUACAGUGGAACAGCAGGCAAAAUAAGCAGCAUCGGGCAGCCAGGAAGUGAUUUCAGUACAAAGGAUGCAGACAAUGACAAAUGUGUUUGCAAAUGUUCACAACUGACAACAGGGGGUUGGUGGUUUGAUGCCUGUGGUCCGUCCAAUCUGAAUGGGAUGUAUUACCAACAAGGCCAAAACUCAAAUCGCUUCAAUGGAAUCAAAUGGUACUACUGGAAAGGCUCGGGCUAUUCACUGAAGUCCACCACAAUGAUGAUCAGACCAGCAGACUUCACAGGUUCCCUAUGAACUGUCAUUCUCAAAUUAAACAAAGUGGGAAGGAAACUCUGCCUGACAAACAGUAACAAACAACAAAACCAAAAAUAAAAAUUCUCAAGGGAGCCAAAGCACCUGAUAUUUUACAUACCUUUGAAAAUACAUAUUUUGGGCAUGUUUAUAUGUUUAAUAAUUUGAAUCAAAUGGGUUGUUGCAAAAACUUGUGAAAUAUGGACUGACAAAUAUCUAUACUGAAAAUACUUUGCCAGUGGUAUGUAUAGAUAACUACAGAUAUAAUACUUACAUUGAGUGUAACAGCUAGCUAACCAAACAGGAGGGACCAGAGUAAAAUGUGACACUGAUUCAUUUAAUUUUUUUGAAUGAUUUUAUUAUAGUUUAAGCAGCCAUUUAACUAUGUUUUGAAUAAUAGCUGUCUAUGUAAUUUUAAGAAAGAGACUAUGGUACAACAUGCAGACAAACAACUGGCUCAAAAUGAUUGUUGUGUUCUGAAAAAUGUUCUGUUGAAUACCUAAAAUGUAAAUGCAAAUGUAAAAAUGCCACAGAAAAUAUUUCUCUUGGGACCGUUUUUCUCCAGAGAAUGUAUGUACAUUUGUUGUUUAAUUUAUAUGUAGAUUUUAAAGUUGAUAUUUAACAUUAUUAUAUGUGAUAGAGAUUUGUUAGACAGAUCUGCCUCCUAGUUCCCAGCUAAUUAAUAAUUUCAUUGCACAUAAACUUGGAGGAUAUAUUUUAAUAUAAUUAUGCAGUUUACCUUCCCACAUGCUCAUACAUGUUGAUGAUCUCUUUGCAGUCGUUUGGGACUUUUUUUAUUAUUUAUGCAACAUUUCUUUUGAAGCUACAACAAUGAAAAGUAGCACAAGCGAGGAAGGAAUUUCUCACCACUGGCUUAAGGUUUUGUAAGAGUGUUUGACUGUAAUACUCUACGAGCUGUUAUAUACCUAAAGUUGAAUAUUAAACACAACCACAAGGCAAAGAACUUAAGACAUACUGUAAGCCUUAGUCCAAUAGUCCUGUUCUGCACUAUAACAAUGAACAGUCUUGUGAAUGCACAAUUAUCAGACUACCACAACUUCUUCAGCAAUGUUUUAUCAUUUCUUCUUUAAAAUAAAAAUUUUCCAAAAUUCAA